CGAUUUCGCGCGAAUUUCCUUUCGUCUUCCUGCGGAGUGUGAGUAUUUCCGGAGCUCUAUUGUGGUCGGACAGUAUUUAUUUUUGCCUCAGCCGACUCACAGUAGACCCGAGCGGCGUGGAUCCACCUCCAGGACCAGAACCAUGUCUCAGGCCCGAGUUACGGACUUCUUUUCCCAGAGAAAGAGAGGCGUCGCCGGCCCGGUGAAACCAGCCAAGCCGGCUGUUGUCCACGUCUCCAGAACCAGAUCGAGAUCCUCCAACAAGGACAAAAGUUCCCUCUGCUCGUCUUCCGUCCACGCAGAGUUUGUCCGAGUUAUCGACGAGGCUGUGGAGCUGAGCGGCGGGCCGAGUGCUGCCGGUAACCCCGCCGAGGAUCGGCCCUCCAGCCCCCGGACACCGAAGCGGAGUUUGGCCGAGAAUGAGUUCGACCUCGGGGGCGCCGUGUUCUCCGCCACCGCCGACCACAGCACGGCCAAGAAGAGACGGCAAGCGGAGGGGGCCAAAGCAAACAACCCGAAGAAAGAGACCAGGACCCGGGCCCGGAAGAAGCUGGUCCUCCCUCAGGACUCACCACAGGCUGCAGUUCAGCCCAGUGAGGUGACCCUGCAGCACCCCACCCCCCCAGCUCCUGUCUCCAGGCAGAAAACUGAUGUUAAUGUGCCGACUAGCAGCUCUCCUCAGAGCGGAGUCAGCAGCAGAAACACUAAAGGACCGGCCAAGAAGGUUUUAUCUAAAGAGGACCUUGUGACCCUCAAGUCCCGCCUCCAGAAGAUCAAGAAACAAGCGGAGGAGAUCACCAGCGCUGCUCCUACUGCUGCAGCCUCCUCCUCCUCCUCCUCCUCCUCUGCUUCAGCUCCUCACAGCACCAAAACCACCAAACCUGCUGCUCCUGAUGCUCGCUCCCUCAAGGUCUCUGUAGCACAAGCCAAAGAGCUCGCAGCUAAAGCUCUGCGGAGGAAGGAGGAGAGAGAAGCUGAGGAGAGCACGCAGAGCGACACACCGACACAGGACAGCGAGCUGCCAGCGUACCAGCGGUACCACACCCUCGCCCAGGCGGCCCCCCCGGGCCUGUCCCUGCCCUACCACUACAAGCUGCUGGGGGAGAUGUUCAGGAGCAUGGACACUCUGGUGGGCAUGCUGCACAACCGCUGCGAGACCGCCACCUUCCCCAAGAUCAAGCAGGGAGUCCAGGACAUGAUGCACAAGCGCUUUGAGGAGAGCCACGUGUGUCAGAUAAAGACGGUGUUUCCUGAGGCGUACACCUUCAGACAGGAGAAGAACAUCCCGACCUUCAACAGCAGCAUUAAGAAGGGCAGCUACCAGCUCACUGUGGAGCCUGUCAUCCCCUCUGACCAGAGUGAAGCUCGUCCUCUCCUGUUGGCCUCUCGUCUCCUGGAGAGACGGCAGGUCUUCCACCACAACCUGGUCUCCAUCGUCAAACAGCACCACCAGGUCUUCCUGUCCUCGUUGGUUCCUCCGGUGUCUGUUCCAGAUGAUAAACUGACCCGCUGGCACCCUAAAUUUAACGUGGACACGGUGCCGGCCGUCCCACUGAGCUCUCUGCCCCAACCUCCACACACGGAGAAACUGUCCACGGCUCAGGAGGUGCUGGACAAGGCUCGCUCAUUCAUCACUCCCAAGAUGGAGAAGGCUCUGGUUUCUCUGGCUAAGAAGACAGAAGAUAAAGCUGCAGAGAAUAAAGAGACGACACCUCCACAGAACCCAGCGGCCCCCGAAGCCUCAGCCCCGGUCCCGACGGCCCUGAAAGGACUGUCCCAGUCCCUGCUGGACCGGAUCCGGGCAAAGGAGGCCCAGAAGAUCCAGGCGGCCAUGACCCGAAACCCCGACCACGAGGACCGCCUGCUGAUGAUGUCACGGCUCCCCGAACUGGCCAGGAUCCUGCGGAGUGUUUUCGUUGCGGAGAAGAAACCGGCUCUAAUCAUGGAAGUGGCGUGUAACAGGACGGUGGCCAGCUACAGAUCUGCUCUGAGCUCAGGUGAGAUGGAGAAACACCUACGUCUGCUGGCGGAGGUGGCGGCUGAUUGGCUCACGAUUCAUCCAGUCAGGAAGGAUUUCUACCUCAAGCUGAACAAGAACAUGGAGCUCAACAUCGUUCUGGACAAACUGAGCAGCAGACUGAGAGAGGAGGAGAGACUCUGAGACUCUGACGGACUGAAGGCUCCUUACUUGAAGUGUUUCCACUGAGUCUCUGGUUUUUGGGACAUUGUGGACGUGAGCGCCUGACUUUUCAGAUCCAGUAGGGUCUUUGGUGCGAUCUGGACUCAGACCGGGUCCUGGAGUUUCCACUGUUUUAACCACACGUCAGUUAAAGCGACUGAUGGUGUACUUGAUGUUUUUAUUUUCUCAGUGAAAUGUAGUAAUGUUUCUGGUCUUUUUAGGGAUCAGUUUUUCUACAAUGUAGAACUGAUAAAAUGUUCUCGUUUUGGAUAAUGUUUAAGAAAUACAAGCAUUUGUCAGAGUCCCACUGAUUCCAAGUCUUUUCUGUGAAGGGGAUUUAUUAAAUGGAACCAUCCAUAAAGUAAAGCUGAUGAUUACAUUGAUCUGGUGACUGCUGGUUAACUCAUCCUGUCUGGAUUAAACUAGAGAAUGUUAAACA